AUCUCUCUUCUUUUUCAAUCUCCCCUAUUAUUCUUAAUUGAUCCAUAUUUAUUUCAUUUCAACUCCGAAUUUAAAUAUUAUUGCGCGAAAAAAUCAGAUUUUAUGUGAUCUACACAAAGAUACCCAUUUUGAUAUAUGUUUUUUUUUGUUAAACAUAACCACAAUCAUAUAUUUACAAGGCAUGUUCCUAUUCGAUAGUUGCGAAACUAUAUCAAUAUCAUUCUAUUGAACCGUCAUAGAGUAUAUACUAACAUAAAUCGAAGAACAAAUUUCUUAUUCUACUGAGUUACUAAAUUAUAUCAAUGUUUAAUUUUGUAAUAUCAUAAUAAUAAUACACAAUAAUUUCAUGGGUGCUAAAAUAUUGUCGUGCGGUACAAACUAAUUUACCUUAAAAAAAUCAUUUAGCGGCCAACUGGUCGCACUCAAGGUAUACACGAUUCGGAAUGAGAGAGGACAUGACAGACUGAACAAAAUAGACACUUUAAAAGGAAAAAAAUACAAAAGUACAUAUUUCAAACAAAAUUUAUCCGGCCAACGGACAGGGUACCAAACUAGUCGGAAAUAUAACGGGAAAGGGCAAUUGUGGAAAUCAAAGGAAUAUAGCGGGUCGGGCGACCCGCACCCGCACCGGAAGUCUUGUGGGCUUAGAGAGAGGAGAAACUCGUAAAAAAAGAAAUAAAAUAGAGAGGCUCAGAUUAGCACGAAUAGCAUCACCCGCCGGCCGUCGCUGCUGCUGCUGCUGCUUUUUUCUACUUUCACAAAGGCCGGCGAAGUAAGUCUCCCUCUCGCUAUCUCUCUCUGGGUAUGAAUUGAUAGAGGACGAGAAAUUUCUAGUGCUGUGGAUCUCUCUGUUAAUCGUUUAGGUGAAUGAGUUUUCCAGAUUUGAUCCGCCGGCAACAUUCAGGCUAGGAUUGAUUUUAGGGUUUUUUUUAUUGGAGAAUUGAAAGCUUCAACCAAGUUUAGGAAUUUAGACUCCGACGGACGGAGGAGUUUCAGAUGCAGUGAAUGAAAUUGAAUUCUUUGUCUGAAUGCUUGUUAUCAUUGUGCUAGUUUGGCAGAUGAAUUCAUGUGGUUGGUGUUAGUUCCAAUUGUUCUUUUUUCUUCUUCUUGUAUAGUGGUUUACUAGACAUGCUGAUGUGAAAUGAACAUAUUGAUAUCUGAGGUGUGUCUCUUGAUUUGGGUACUUUUUCUUUGUCAUUGAGGAUAUUAAGGAUGCCAAAUACCUAUUUCAAGCUCAUUUUACUUUUGGCAAUAUGUUUGGAUUCAGUUAAGUCAGUGAACUGAUGCCAAGUACCUAUUUCAGUAUUCAAAUUGGUGCAACACAUGGUUGCUUGUGAGAACUUUAUAAACUGUGUUUCAAUUGGGAGUGGCAACAUGGUUAGAGGGGAUCUUGUCUUCUCAUUUUGAAUAGUCAAUGGAGUGAUUAGUUCCUGGAAAUUGUUAAUGACCAUGACAUUUGUAGUUAUUGGGUGCAGAACAAUCAGAAAAUGGUUAGAAAUCCGUGUUAGUAGGUUAGACCGGAGAAAUAUGGACUGGGAUACAUUCUCUUCAAACUUUUUCUACUCCGCCAUUAUCACGUAAAACGAAAAUUCACCAUGUUAUUGCUCCUACCUUUGAGCAAAGUCUGUGUGUUCCUUCAUCUGAUUCAUUUUUCAAUCAAUGAUGCAUGAUUUUUUUUGACUGAAAACGUUCCUUUGCAGGUUCUUUCCAGUCUCUUAUUAGUUUGAUUAGCCUAUUCAAGUCUAGAUAUCAGCAUCAGCAAAAACAAGCUUGAAAGAUGCUGCGAACAGAAGUACUAACUGCAUACAAGUCUCUGCUGAGAGCUACUCGUAAAUCAUUUGCUGGUGACCAGUUGAUGUUGAAUGGCUCAGCUAUGGAGAUCAGGAAGAAAUUUGAUGAGAAUCGUCAGGUUACAUCCGAGGCUGAGAUAAAAAAGCUCCUUGAAGAGGCAAAUGAAGCAUCCCAGUUUAUAUCAACGAUGAUUGUUCAAGCUAAGUUGAACGAACGAGGUGGCUAUGAGGUGAAGCCCAGCAAGGAACAUGCUGAUGCAACACUCGAGGUUCCAACCGAGGAGCUUCUUGGCAAGCCCAGUUGAUGGUUGCAUUGAUUCCUACCUCCAGGUUUGAGUUGGGCAGUUACGUCCAAGUUUUGCUAGGGAUCUAUAGAAACAAGCUGAUGAUGAUUGUUAUCUACCUCUUCUGCUGUUGUCUGUGCUAAUCUCUACUCGAUCCUCGAGAUACAUGAUUUGCUUGUAAGAAUCACGAUAACAAGAGGUUGUUGCCAAAUUGACAAAGCCAUGGUAAUCAAACCAAGCUUUAUUUUAGUUUAUUUUUCAUCCUUUUUGUCGAUGAAUAGAGCUCUAAUUUUGCUUAUCAAUAAGAUAACUAGUGUAAGAUUUCAGCACUCACUCCUUUUACUGGCUUCUGUGAAUCAGCUCUUUUGAUCUAUAACCAAACUCCACAAAUGUGUUAAAAUUAGGUCAUGAAUAUGCAGAAUUUAGACAAGUGAAACUCUUUGAACAAUGUUUCAAUGGCUUUUCUGAAGAUUGGCGUGCCUUUGCAUUCAAGAAACCCCAUUUUACCAU